AUGGAUACUGAACGGUUGAGAGGAUCUCAAUCCUUGAACCAGAGUGAACAGGAGGAACAAGAUGACUCGAAUCAAGGAGACUCCUUGUUUGUUCCAUUAAUUACGCCUGCAAUGACACUCCAGAACAGAAUCCACUCAAUCUUGUUGAGAGACAAUUGUAGGAUGACCAAAAGCGAUAAGGAGGUUAUUAUGAACUACUUGGCGGAUCUGAUGAUUCUGGUGUCAAAACAGGACGCUCAAAUUGCAGUUCUACAGUCCAAGAUGGAUGAGUACUCCGCAUUGAAUCGUACUUACCUAGAUCCGUUAAUAGAAGACACAAACAAGCAGAGAGAGUUAAACAGGAAAACUUAUGCAGAUAUCGUCAAGAACAAUAGGAAUAACAGGACCAUAAAUACCAAAAAGAAGAAGGAACAUAUAGCAAUUAUAAGACCAAUGGCAAAUGAUGUGGGAUCGGAUAAAACAAAAACAGAUAUAACAAAUCGAAUUGAUCCUGCCAAGUUGAAAAUUGCAGUGAAAAGGGUUGGGAAAGUUAGAAAUGGUGGAAUUAUAAUAGAAACGGAGACAGAAAAAGAACUAGAAAUAUUUAGAAACGAAAUGGAAAAAACUGGAUUAAACAACGAAUAUACUUUCAACCCACCUAAAUUAAAAAAACCCUCUAUAAUUAUCUUUGGAGUUGAGGGGCAGGUGAGCAAGGAAACAGUCGGGGAGUUACUGGUGUCCCAACAUGAAGGUGUUGAUGAGGAGGAGGUAAACGUGAGAGGCUCCUUGGGAGGAAAGAAAGGUACCCGGCACUGGAUUGUGGAACUUUCACCUGAUGCUUUUCAUUACAUCAAAUACCAGGAUAAAAUUAACAUCAGCUGGAGAAGAUACAACUACGACGAAUAUUUUGCGGUACGCCAAUGCUACCGUUGUGCUGGCAUCGGCCAUCUCGCAAGAGAUUGUCAAAGAGAUGCAAUCUGCAGACAUUGUUCCUCAAAUGAGCACAAGAUCCAUGAAUGCGAGGAGAGAUCAUAUUGCGCGAAUUGCCAAAUAGCGAAUGAAAAAUAUGGAUUAAAUCUCGAAACCGGCCAUGGCCCUUUUGACAAGCAGUGUAACCAGUAUCAGAGAGCACAGGCUGUCCAACAUGAUGGUCAAAUUCCAUUCUUCUCAAAUGAUCUUAAAAUUUAUUCAUUUAGAGAGAAACCUAGAGUGGCAGUUUUGGUGGGAACAGGGAUUAGCGAUGAUUCCCUUGUUAUCUGUCAUAGAGAUUUGUGCGCUGUUACCUUCCAAAUUGACUCACAAAUGUUUGUCUUUAUGUCUUUCUACCUACCACCUUGUGACUCAAUGGAUCCAACACUUAAUAUCCUGGACUCUCUUUUGGUCAAAUACUCCCAAUACAAUGUAAUACUGUGUGCUGAUGUUAACGCUAAAUCUACGGUCUGGGGCCCGAUAUCUGAUAAUAGGGGAGAUGACUUGUUGAUGUUCUUGAUUAGCCAUGAUGUUCAUGUGAUCAAUGAUCCUGAGGCUCCUCUGACUUACUCAUCCACACUGAGACACAGCUGGAUAGAUAUCAUUGCUACUAACUCUGACUUGCUUGACAACUAUACAGACCAUGACCACAUUAGUUUGUCUGACCACGAAUUAAUUACAGCUGAAAUAACCACCCAACAUAACAAAAUCCAACUUAAAAAUAGAUCACACAAUUACAGGAAUCUCAGGUGGAUUGAUCUCAGGACAAAGCUUUAUAAGAUUCCAGAAAAAUGGAACGCUGAAAAUAUAGAGAAUAUUGAUCAACUGGAAGAUCUUAUCAAGGGUAUAACCAAUGACAUUAAUAGGGCUUGCGAUGAAUCUAGGAGAAGAUCCGGUUCUAGAAAAAAAGGACCAACUUGUCCCUGGUGA